AUGCAGUUUACCACAAUCCUCUCUGCCGCUCUCCUCGCCGUCGUUGCCUCCGCAGGGCCAAUCAUUCCAACAACUACAGUUCAGUUCUCCAACGAGGCCUCCGGCCGCAAUUUCAACGCCGUAAUCCCCUUUGGCGUCACUCAAAGCGUCGCCACUCUCCUCGCCGGCUCCCCUCUCGACAGCGGCCACACCUUCCUGGCCACCUCUUUCUUCCUGCAGUCCAACUUCCAAGGAGUCCAGUGCUACUUGCAACUUCCUCACUACACUGUCACCAUCACCGAGCAGCACACCUACCAGGGCUUUGCUCCGGUCUCUAAUCCCCUGGACCUCGUCAACGCCCAGAUCACUUGCUACAAGUACUGA